CGGAGCCCUCCGGUGAGUUCUGCGGGAACCUCCGGCGGCCGUUCGCGCUUUCCCUGGGAGGUUCGUGUUUUUAGCAGUGACAAGAUGACAAUCCAUAUUUUUACCCAAGGAUCCAGUGAGUCAUCCUAUUAACUCUGUUGAAAUACAUGCUUGCCAAUCGUCCUGCCACGUUAGCCAACCUACAUCACAAUGACUGAGGACUUAGACCACAGGUUCAGUAGUCUCACUUGGGAUCAGAUUAAAAUCCUGGAUCAAGUUUUAGCAGAGGUAAUACCCAUUCAUGGAAGAGGGAAUUUUCCAACACUGGAAGUAAAACCAAAGGAUAUAAUUCGUGUGGUUAAGGAGCAGCUCAUUGAAAAGCAAAUCAACAUACGAGAUAUCCGCCUGAAUGGUUCAACAGCUAGCCACAUCCUAGUGAAGCAUAAUGGAACAAGUUAUAAGGACCUAGACAUCAUUUUCGGGGUGGAACUCCCAAGCGAGCUUGAGUUUCAGGUUGUUAAGGAGGCAGUUCUUAAUUGCCUAUUAGACUUUUUGCCAAAAUGUGUUAAUAAGGAAAAAAUCACUGCCCAGACUAUGAAAGAUGCCUACGUGCAGAAGAUGGUCAAAGUCUCCACGGAUCACGAUCGCUGGAGCCUCAUCUCACUGUCAAACAACAGCGGCAAGAAUGUGGAGUUAAAGUUUGUCAAUUCGCUCAGGCGACAGUUUGAGUUCAGCGUGGACUCCUUCCAAAUCGUGCUGGACUCCAUCUUAAAUGUUUACAGAGAAACAGACUGCAAACUGACAGAAGACUCUCACCCCACUAUUAUUGCGGAGAGUAUGUAUGGAGACUUCAAUGAAGCAAUGGACCAUUUAAAAUACAAACUGAUUUCCACGAGGAACCCUGAGGAAAUCAGAGGAGGUGGCCUUCUGAAGUACAGCAAUCUCCUGGUUCGUGACUUUAAGCCAGCAGAUGAGGCUGAAAUUAAAUCUCUGGAACGUUACAUGUGCUCCAGAUUCUUCAUUGAUUUUCCAGAUGUUGCUGAGCAGCAAAGGAAAAUUGAGUCAUAUCUGCGCAACCACUUCAUCGGGGAAGAAAAAAGCAAGUAUGACUACUUGAUGACUCUGCGUGGAGUUGUAAAUGAGAGCACAGUCUGUCUCAUGGGACAUGAGCGAAGACAAACUCUGAAUAUGAUUACAAUUUUGGCUUUAAAAGUUCUCGGAGAACAAAAUAUUAUCCCAAACGCAGCUAAUGUAACAUGUUAUUAUCAGCCUGCUCCUUAUAUCAGUGACAGAAACUUCAGCAAUUAUUACAUUGCUCACGGACAACCACCUAUCAUCUACCAGCCAUACCCAUUUCACAUACAAAUGCAAAGUGGCAUGGUUUAGGAACACGGUAACCUUCUCAGCACUCGCACCCCUCUCUUCCUACUUCUCUCCGUAAUAAAGGCCUCAUUCAACCAAGUUUUAUUAUCACUUUUGAUUUGAAGACAUACUUUUGUGCAAGUUGCCAAAGUUAUUUGGUCAAUGUCUCCAACACCUUUAAGCAGAUCACAAGAAAAAUGUCUCUCGUUAUUCACGGUGAUAUAUUUAUGUCUCCCACUUGUGUUUGGAUGAAAAGAGAAGGAUAUAAAUUAUUCUAAUUCUAUAAGAUGAAAUGCACUAAGUUCUGGGUUCUAAUAAAUUCUUAAGCAAAAUUUUGAAAGUGUAAAAUUAAGCUAAUCAGAUACCUCUCAGUAGAAAUGCCUAAUUCUAGAAUUGCUGGUGUUCUGGGUACUUUACACUAGAGCAUCCAACAGUUAUACCCAUGCAGGUUCCAACACCAUUUAUUUACAGCAUCGUUUGAAAAUGCACAACAAAGGACUGUUUCUGGAUGCACUGAGUGCACUCUGUAAGCUAUACCUGGUCGUUUCCAUCAGAGAUAUGAGGUCCCUUCCCCACUCCUCAGUAGGGUUUGGGAUGAAAUAUCCCUACCACAAGCAGAAUCAGACUUUUUGGGUAUCCAAAAUUGCUGCCGAUUUGAGUGAUUUUGCUACUAAAGAGUUGAACCCCAGGUUCUGACUCACAGGUAAUAAAAGAGAUACUACUAUUCUGAUUAGAUUAGCCCUGAACAACAAGGUAACAGAGUGAGAAGGUGAAAAUUGAGCACACAGGGCUUGCUUUCUAUUGCUAAUUUGUUAUUGAUCAGAGAUGCUUCAAUGCAUAAUAAACAGAGUCAGGGGAAAAGAACAGCCCAGGACUACGUUGUUUUUAGGUGAAUUAAAACAAACCCUUGGCAGUAGCAUCAGAACAAAAAGUUUUAUAAUGGUAGUGUCACAUCAGCUUCCUUACCUGCACUCAUACCCCAGUAGCAAAUGAAGAAUUCUCUUAUGUUCAGGAAGCAUUGCAAAUUUCCAUCUGUGUUUACCAAAGAUAAGUUUAAAACAUGUCACAUAAGUGCCUCCCUGUGCCAGUUGCUCUGUGAAAGUUAGAAUGCUGUCUGCAGUUGUGCCAGAGAGCUCCUGAAUGAUAAGAAGGGAAAGAAAAGUAUAUAGCCUUUGUAGCCUUAGUAUGAGCAGGUUUGGAACAGAGGGUGCUGAGGUUGCUCUCUCCAAAACACCUCCAGUUUAGCUGCUGAAUGAGGUACAGAAGUGAUGGAAAAAGGAAUGAAGGGAUGCGGUUGUAAAAUCAGAGCAGUCAACUGGAAAUGCAAGCAACAGAGUUUUGUACAUCUGAUGCUUAACAUGUCACUGUGUCACAUUGGCAUUCAUUACUGGUUCAUUUUGUGUCCUCCUCCUCAUUUUUAAAAGCAUUGAGUACAUUUUAUCUAUUUACAACAAGUGUCAGGUGUUAGAAAUUUCUACUUGGAAAAGAACAUCUGAUCUAUUUUACACAAAAGUAUGUUACGUACAAA